AUGCCCGGUGAGGUUAUCGACAGACCAAAUCCCCCUCCAGCACCUUCCCACGUUCCCGAUCAUGUCUCAGAUUUGUUGGUCAAGCUCGAGAAGCCAACACUCACCGCAGAUGCCAACCAGGCCUUGCAGAAAUAUCGGCGGGCUGCUAACUACAUCGCCGCCGCUAUGAUCUUUCUGCGGGACAACGUCUACGUGAAGCGGGACCUCACUUUCGACGACAUCAAGCCACGCCUGCUUGGCCACUGGGGCACAUGCCCGGGUUUGACCCUAGUAUAUUCUCACCUGAAUUACCUCAUCCGCAAGCAUGACCUCGACAUGCUCUAUGUUGUUGGCCCCGGUCACGGCGCCCCGUCCAUCCUGGCAAACCUUUGGCUCGAAGGAUCUCUCGCCAAGUUCUAUCCCGACUGCUCCCGCGAUGCAAAGGGUCUACACAACCUGAUCACAGGCUUCAGCACCACCGGCGGAUUUCCAUCCCACAUCAACGCUGAGACGCCGGGUUCAAUCCACGAGGGUGGUGAGCUCGGCUAUGCCUUGUCCGUUUCUUUCGGAGCAGUCAUGGACAAUCCCGACUUGAUUGUUACGUGCAUUGUGGGCGAUGGUGAAGCAGAGACAGGGCCGACCGCGACAGCUUGGCACGGCUACAAGUUCAUUGAUCCUGCUGAGUCUGGUGCGGUCUUGCCGAUUGUCCAUGUCAACGGCUUCAAGAUCUCAGAGAGAACAAUCUACGGCACAAUGGAUGAUAAGGAAAUGGCGGCUCUUUUCACCGGCUACGGCUAUCAGCCUCGAGUUGUCGACGAUUUGGACGACAUUGAUGCCGACCUUAAUGGCUCAAUGGAAUGGGCUAUCAACGAGAUCAAGAACAUCCAGAAAGCGGCAAGAAGCGGAAAGCCCAUCAGAAAGCCUCGUUGGCCAGUAUUAAUCCUGCGAACUCCAAAGGGGUGGACCGGUCCCAAAAAGGUCCAUGGCGAGUUCGUAGAGGGCUCCUUCCGUGCACACCAAGUGCCACUGGCUGCGGCCAAGAGUGAACCAGACGAGCUCAAAGACCUCCAGAAGUGGCUGUUGUCCUACAAGCCAGAAGAACUUUUCAAGGAAGAUGGCGACGUAGUUGACGAGAUCAAGAGUGUCAUCCCGGACAAGCCGGAGCGUCUCCUUGGUCAGAAGCCAGAGUCAUACAACUCCUACGAGCAACUUGCUGAGACUCCCUGGGAGCCACUGGCGGUCAAGAAGGGCUCAUCUGCCAGUUCUAUGCAGCUCCUUGGGAAGCUUCUAGAGCUAGUCAUCAAAGACAACCCAAAGAGCUUCCGCAUAUUCUCGCCCGAUGAGUUCGAAUCAAACAAGCUCGCAGCGGUCCUGAACUCGACAGGUCGGAACAUGCAAUGGGAUCAGUACUCCUGGGGACAAGGUGGUCGCCUCAUCGAGACGUUGAGUGAGCACCAAUGCCAAGGAUUCAUGCAGGGCUACACCCUCACCGGACGCACGGCGUUGUUCCCCUCGUAUGAGGCUUUCCUUGACAUUGUGCACAGCAUGAUGGUGCAGUACGCCAAAUUUCAGAAGAUGGCACAGGAGUGUCCGUGGCGGAAGCAUAUUGCCAGUCUCAACUAUCUCGAAACGUCUACCUGGACACGCCAAGAGCAUAACGGCUACUCUCACCAGAAUCCAUCUUUUAUCGGCGCAGUUUUGAAUCUCAAACCCAACGCAGCUCGUGUCUAUCUUCCACCCGACGCCAACACCUUUUUGUCAACCAUGUCGCAUUGCCUCCACUCGAAGGGAUAUGUCAACCUCAUGGUGGGGUCGAAACAGCCGACUCCAGUCUUCCUCUCCCCGCAAGAGGCUGACGCCCACUGCAAAGCUGGCGCGUCCGUAUGGAAGUUUUGCUCCACCGACGAAGGGCUCGACCCCGACGUCGUGAUUGUCGGAAUCGGAACGGAGCUGACGUUCGAGGUUGUAGCCGCGGCCGACUGGCUACGGAAGAAUGUGCCUGAGCUUCGGGUCCGAGUCAUCAACGUGACCGACCUGAUGGUGCUAGAGACCAACUCGAUCCAUCCUCACGGCCUCGACAACGAGGCCUUUGAAUCCCUCUUCACCUCUGACAACCCCAUCCAUUUCAACUAUCACGGCUACGCCAACGAGUUGAAGGGCUUGCUGUUUGGUCGCCCCAAUGCCGAUCGCAUCAGCAUCGCGAGCUACAUCGAGGAGGGAAGCACGACUACGCCGUUCGACAUGAUGCUUCUGAAUCGCACGUCACGGUAUCACGUGGCCAUCGAAGCUGUGAAAGGGGCCAGCAAGAGGAACGAGAAGGUGCGGCUGCGACUGCAUGAGCUUACUAGUGAGCUGGCUAGCUUGAUCACAAGCACUCAGAAAUAUAUCGCGGAGCACAAGGCGGACCCUGAAUACCUCGAUGAUGUCGGCAAUUUGCGACAAGAUACUUCGUCGCUGUCGGAAGGCUGA